GGCCGGCAAGUUCUUGUUUCAUUAUUCUUUUGUUUCAUGGAAGGAAAGGGCGCCAUACUACUUGUUUUGUUCUGAAAUCUAGAUGACCCGACAUUCUUUCAAGUGCAAGCACAUUUAUGUAGGGAAGGACGUGAGAGGGAAGCCGGGCGAUCGCGUUAUCUUGUCGGAAGAUGGGCAAAUCUGGUGCAAGAAGUUGUAUCCUGACUGGUACUCCAACUGCAUCGGGACCAUAACGAGGGUCGAUGAGGACGGCAAGAUGUGUAACGUAGUGUGGGACGACCGUGAUCGACCAUAUCAUUACCACACAGGAUUCUUCAGCCUACAUCACCUUGUGCUGAUACCUGAGUCAAGAUUCACAUCUAGUCCUUACUUGGGAAGGUGGAAAUGGAAGGGGGGCAAUGACAAGGGGAAACUUGGGAAUCGAAAGCUUAACAGCAGUAAGAAGACUCUCUUACUCAUGAGAUAAUGAAUGACAUGGAAC